AUGGAGUGGACUAGGGGGCACACCAUCGCGGGGUCCACCGCCACCGUGUCGGUUGCUGAGGUUCGUGGGUCUGGUCGGAUUUUCGCUGUCAAGUCAGUGGAGCUCCAUCGCUCCGAAUUCAUCAGGAGAGAACAGAGUAUUCUCUCCGCAUUAGACUGUCCUCAUAUUGUAGCCUACGAAGGUUGCGGCAUCACAUUUGAAAAUGGUGAGUUGAUGUAUAACUUGUUCAUGGAGUAUGCGCCUUAUGGGUCAAUCGCCGACGAAAUUCGCGAGCGUAAUGGUGGGUUUGAUGAGCUUCUGGCUGGACGCUAUGCUCGUCAGAUUCUGCUUGGGUUGAACUAUUUGCAUUCCAAUGGGAUCGUGCAUUGUGAUUUAAAAGGUCAAAAUGUUCUGCUCACCGAUGAAGGGGCUAAAAUUGCAGACCUGGGCUGUGCCAGGAGAGUUGCGGCGGCGCAGGAUUAUUAUGGUGGAGUAAUUGCCGGCACCCCGGCGUUCAUGGCGCCGGAGGUGGCGCGCGGGGAGAAGCAGGGGUUCCCUGCCGAUGUGUGGGCUCUUGGAUGUACUGUGCUGGAGAUGUUCACCGGAAAAGCACCGUGGCAUGACAUUUCCGACCUGAGUGUUCUCUAUCGAGUCGGGUUCUCCGGCGGGGUGCCGGAGAUUUCAGAUUUAUUGUCGGAGCAAGGGAAGGAUUUUGUCACCAGGUGUUUGAAAACAGAUCCGAACGAGAGGUGGACUGCAGGCGAGCUUCUCAAGCAUGAGUUCGUUCAGGAUUCAAGCAGUGUCUCGGAGAAAUUUGAUGAUUCUAGUUCAAAUUCUCCAACUAGUGUGUUGUUGGAUCGAUGCUUUUGGGACUCGUUGGAAGAGUUGCACACAACCCGAACCCGAACCCGAACCCGACCUCGACCUAUGAGCACGACUGUCUGGGGAUCCUCCUAGUCCCAGAAGUAGAAUUCGUAGGUUAUCUUGCUCUAUGCCCAAUUGGGAAUGUGAUGACAAGUGGAUCACAGUUAGAGACAGCAGCAUUAGGGAGUCGGUGAGAUUCUUCAAUGGCCUAGAAUCUAAUGAAGAAACAGAGAGUCGUGGAUUAGACAGUGCAAAUUACAUCGGAGAGGACAAUCAUUUCCUUGUUACUUGUGAACCCAGAACAGUCAGUACAGUUGGAUUGAGCGAAUGUUGUCAUAUUAAUUACGUUUGCAGCA